UUUUUUUUCUCUUUUACGCAUGUGCGUACGCAGAAGAGGCAGGUGCAGGCUUGAUAUAUUUUUUUAUUUUGUGCGUGGUAGAAGAGGUAGGUGAGUGGGCUCCCUUUGAAGCCUACGUCAUCAUAAAGGUCGAGCAAAUAAAACAAUCCACUUAAUUUGUUAUUUCGCACCAAAGAGGAUGGCACCAGCUCCAGACCCCAGAGGAAUACCAUCUUCAUCUCCGGCAACGAUGACAGCGGCCAUCGACCCAACUCUCCAUGCUAUCGGUUUCGAGUACGAGCUCCUUUCGCCGGAAAAGGUUACAGGCAAGCUCAAGGUCACCAGAACCUGCUGCCAGCCUUUUGAUGUGCUGAAUGGAGGGGUGUCGGCUCUCAUUGCGGAAACCUUGGCCAGCUUCGGAGCCUAUGUGGCCACUGGAUUCCGGAGAGUAGUCGGUGUUCAGCUCUCCACCAACCAUCUCAAGCCAGCACUGCUCGGCGAAGAAAUAGAGGCAGAGGCCAGGCCUAUCCAGAAGGGCAAAACCAUCCAGGUAUGGGAGGUGCAGAUCCGAAAGAGAGACCCUUCAACCACAGGGAGCAAAGUACUUCUGUCAACAUCUAGGGUUACUCUAAUAUGUAAUCAACAAGCAUCAAAGAGCAUGAAGAGCUACGAAGAGACUCUCAAGAAGUAUGCCAAGCUAUGAAAUGUAUAUUUGCAUCAUGAAUCUUCUCCAAUUAUAACUUUGUCAGCACUUGUUAUCAACAUCUGGACGAAUGCUUAUUGGAACAAUGCAGAACAUACCUCUACGUGACUAA